AGAAAUGUGGCAACGUUGUUGUCGGGACAAGGACAAGGGAAGACCUUAGCUUCCAUCCAUGGCAGAGUACGAAAGCAGCAUCCAGCACCAGCACCAGUCGAAAGAAACAGCCUUCCAGGCCCUGAACACCAUAAUCCAGCUCCACUUCGAGAAAACCUUGGAGAAGAAGCGUGCCAUCGACCUCCAGAAGAAGGAGCUCCACAAGCUCUUCCAGAUAUUCUUCAUCUUCCUGGGCCUCGUCUUCCUGGCCCUGGCCCAGUCCCCCCGCCUCCAAUGCCGCCACUGCUGGAUCCCCAUCACCCUCCUCUCCAUCGCCCACCUCAUCUUCUACGUCUCCGUCGCCCAAACCCUAAGGUGCAUCAACGCCUUCAAGUACCAGCGCCGCUGCCACAAGCUCACCCUCGGCUUGGCCACCGAGAAAUUCAGGGACAUCAAGAUCAGACUCGCCGCCGCCAAUGCCGACUACGAUUCCGUUGUUGCCGACGACGAGUUCGAGAUUCACUACCAGGAACCCCCUGAGACCUAUUUCGGAAAGUUUAAGAGGAAUUGGGCUCUGCAUUUUGGCUUCUUGAUCUUGAUCUACGCUUUUAUGAUCUCUUCCUCUGUCGUUCUUCUUUGCUUUUAAUUUCUACUUCAGUGUUAGUUCUGGAAUCAAAUCCAUUCUCUUAUCAUU